AUGUCUGGGCACCUCAUGUCACCCACCCCUGUCGCUGUCAAGCGCUCUCACUCGCCCGAUCAGGACGUGCUCCGGGCGCCCUCGGAUCCGCCCAAACGUGUGCGCACUGACACGCGUCCCCCGCAGGGCCAUGCCUACCUGUCCUCGCUCACUGUGUCGGAGCUUGUUAAUCUCAUCUGCCAAAUUGAAGAUCUUGUCCAGGAUACCCCGCUGGCUGCGAAUGUUCACACUGUGCUGUACCCCAGCGACAUGGACGAACGCCUAGCUGCAAACCGGCGUGAGGCAGUAGUGCACACUGAACCAACACGACUGGAGCGGACCUCGCCCGCACCGUCAGCACCGCCAGUGCCAGUGCCUAUGUCAACUGGCCCAAGUUCGGCGCCCGAGGUGCCUGCCAACUGCCUAUCAGCGCCGCUGGAGCAGUCUACGUCCACCUCAGCGGUGCAGCCGCCGCCAGUGACGCCGCCAGUGCCGCCCCCUGUUGUGUCCCUUGACACGCAGAGUCGUCCCUAUACCCCCUCCAUCCCUGUGGUGAUGCCAACGUCUGCGCCGACGGGACUGGCUUCGAGUCCUCUGCCCCAUGCGAAUCUGCGCAACGGUCCGAGCAAUGAGACUGAGCCGCUCACGGGUGGCAGCCAUAUUUCGUCUCGCAUUGCGGCGAUCCUGGAAUCGAUCCAGAACUCCAACUCGUCUGGACCGAUGCUGGGGCUCCAAGGGCAGCCGCUCGCACCGUCGAAGCAAGGCUCGACGACGACCACUGGUGGCCUAUCGUCGCUGCUAAACAGUUCGUCACUGCUCACCAACAGCCGCAUGCCAGCGAACUCGGCCUUGUCCAAGCUGCUCGAGCAGUCCUCGUCGACGACGAGCCCCCUAGCCACUGCUACGCCAACGGCUGCGUCGUCCACGCCGAGCCUUGGCGACUCGCUGGGCACGUCGAUCCGGCCGACGCUCAGCUCAUAUACGCCCACGUAUGGCCUGCAUGACUCAGGGGCGGAUGAUACCACGGGCCAGCACGAUUCGCCGCGGAUCACAAGCACGCUUCCGUCGUACGAAGACAUGAUCAUCGAGGGACUGCAGGCGAUUGGCGACGUGAAUGGUACGCCUCCCCGCAUGCUGUUCCACUGGAUGGAGGAUACAUAUCCGCUCAUGAAGAACUUCCGGCCGUCGGCGAGUCAGGCGCUGCAGAAGGCAUUCAAGCGUGGGCGUCUACACAAGGCAGGCAGUUUGUACCGCAUCAACCCGAACUGGGACGGCAGCAAUGCCGGUCGGAAGCCUACGCGGCGUCCCCAGAUCGGCAAGGACCAUCCGAUGAUGGUCAAUGGCCCGAAGGGGCCGGCCCCUGCGAGUCCCUUUAAGGCUCGUGCUCAGUUCGAGGGCGCUGCGGCGUACCGCCAAGCGACGGUGCCUUUACACAAACAGCGCAGCCUUCGCCCAUCGUCAAGUCUGCGCCCAGGCCCCAAGCCGUAUGGCCAGCCUGGCGCUGCGCCUCUCGACAAUCCAGCAAGCAGCAUCUUCCAGAAUGGUGCCGCAGCUGCGGCGCUGCUCUUGGCGCACCAGCAGCGCCUGCGCCAUGCAAGCGGUGGCGAUGGCAGUGCGCCGUCCGUACAGGAUCUGACGCCUUCGCUGACGUCGCUUGUGCAGCAGCUGCGCUCAUCGACGGGCGGCCAUGGCGAUGGCCCCAGUGCCUCGGCCCUUUCGAGCAUGCUGGCGUCGGCGCUCCUGAAGCACGCGCAGCGCCCGUCUGAUGGUCGCCCGGCCGUGACAGACGCGCCUACGUUAGGGCUCGGCGGCACGCUGCCCUCGGCCUCCUCGCCCGUACUGCAGUCGCUUACCCGUUUGCUUGGCACCUCACGGCCCGACGCGGGAGCGGCUGGCGAUGGGCACCCGGACGACGAAGCUGCUCCGCCAAUGCCAUCAGCGGCCUCGGUGCUGCCCGCUACAGGCCCGGGGUCGCUCUCUGCUUCCAUUGAGACACUUGUGCGUCAAGCUUCGCGUGUGGCGCAGCAGACGCAGUCGUCCGAGGCCAUCGGAGGUGCCUCGCCAGCCACGUCGGGCGCGCCGGCCUCGCAGGCCGAUCUGGAUGCGGCCGUGUCACAGACGCUGGAGGCAGCAUUCCAGCAGAUUGGUCCACCUGGCAAGGGGCCCACGUCGACGGACGCACCAGCCGACGGCGUGCCCCCUGUGCCUGUGUCCUCGCUGGAGGCGGGGGGCGAAACUGUCGAUGGCACCGACUUUGGUGGUAUCAAUUUGGCCGACUACAGCGAUGCACUGCGUACACUAUCGGCGGCGCUUGCUGGCUCCCGCGAGGAUGGCGACGACGAUGAGGCCCAGCGUCUGGCCGAUGAGCAGGCCAUUGCUGAUGCUGAGGCCGACUAUUCUGGGCAUGAAAGUGACGACCACGAGGGCGGUGACGACCCUGGGCAGGACGGUGGCGACGAGACGAGCUCUGGGCGUAUGGAGGCACUGCUCAAGUCGUAUGGCAUUGAUGUGUCAAACGAGGCACUGCAGCACCUGACCGAGACACUGCGCGAUCCGUCGACGUCGGUCUCGGACCUCACCGAGGCGAGGGACACACAUGCAGCGUCCUCGGCUGAGGCACUUGCCACCGAGGCACCACAGGGUGAUGCUGAGUCUGCCGAGCAAGUAUCGCCGGCGCCAGUUCCCGAGACAGCGGAGCUGAGCUCGGCCCUACUGGACAGCGACGCAUCCGAGGCCGCCAAAAACGCCUCGAUUCAGUCGCAGCUUGAGGCGCUGAUUGCGAGUCUUGCAGCAGAGAACGACGCAUCGUAG